AUGAAUCUUCCGAAUCCCCUCCCGAAACAUGGAGAGGACGAGGGGGCCGAGGUGGGCGCGGCGGAGGACGAGGUGGACGCGGGGGAGGACGAGGUGGACGCGGGGGAGGACGAGGUGGACGCGGGGGAGGACGAGGUGGACGCGGUGGAAGCGGAGGACAACGAGGGAGAGGCGGGGGGAGCGGGAUGGAGAGAGGACGAGGAGGAGGAAGAAGAAGCAGCAGCAGACCAUCUACAGCUGACUAUGAAAGGCUCGAGGAUCUUCAACAGAGGAGGAGAGCUGAUAUGCAGGCCAGACUACAAUCACUUGAAGCAAACCAAAGAGAUGCCCUGCUCCAAUUAG